AUGGAAACCCUUGAGGAAAAAGCCACGGGAGAGGAACAUCGAACCUUGCUAUGCCAAGGUCCCGUGGAACUGAGAAGAGGCUGGAGAAGGGAGAAACAACAUCUCUCCUUGUUCAGUGAUGUGCUGGUUGUGUCUAACAACCUGCGUAAGAGAAAGUUCAAGACCAAACAUGUCAUCCCGCUGAGUUACCUGUGGAUGGGUGACUAUGUGGAUAUUGUCGGGAGAGACAGAAGCUCUGCUUGCAGGUCCAUUCUCCUGUCCUGGCCCGUGGGACAUUUUGUGGCCACCUUUCGAUCCAUUAAUGAAGCCACAAAGGGCUACAGGAAGCAUUUUAAACUCCCGAUAUUCACUGAGGACAUCCCAAACUGUGCCAGUCCUUUAUAUAUAACAACAACAGACUUGGAGACAGUGAACGAUAUCAUCCGGAAGUUACUCCCUAUGAUAGGAACGCCUAGUGCUCAAGGUUACCAACUGUGGUUCUGUCAUGGCUAUGAAAAAGCCCCAGGCCUACUCCAAGAGCAUGAGCAUCCCUAUGACAUUAUAAUGAGGAACAGCCUGAAUACCUUCAGUCGAAGGGAAUCAAGAAAUUUCACAGCUUUUCCUGCCCUGCCUGGGCUGUAUGUGGAACAACCAGAUAUACAGGGACGAUUCAUCCUAAAGCCCAGAGAAGCAGCAAGAAGUCAGAAGCAGAGCGAUACAGAAGAGCCAAGAGCUAAGAAAAGACGGCCUUUCAUAUCUCGGUUGUUCCACAGGGGCUCUGUGCUUCACCAGGACCAAAUGUGCACAGCCCUGCCAGUUGCUAAGACAGGAAAACUCUUUGGAAAUGAUCUGACUGCCAUUUGUGAGGAUGGCAAUCUACCCACAGCAAUUCUGGACAUACUAUUUUUUAUUAGUGAAAACGGGCCAAUCACUGAAGGCAUCUUCAGAACAUCAGGUGAUACAAGAGCACUGCGAGCCCUAAAAGAAAGACUGGACUCAGGGACAGAGGUGAACUUGAACAACGAAAGCGUCCCUGUGGUGGCAUCUAUCUUAAAGGAAUUUCUUCAAAAUAUACCAGGCAGUGUGCUGACGUCUGGACUUUAUGAUGAAUGGCUUGGUGUCCCUGACCAGGAGUGUGAAGAGAAGAAAGUAGCUGCAGUGCAGAGUCUUUUAGAGCAACUACCCCAACCAAAUGUCUUUCUUUUGAAAACACUUUUCGGGAUAUUAUACAAAAUUGAGCAAAACUCUGAACUCAACCAUAUGACAUCAUCAAAUUUAGCUGUUUGCAUCGCCCUGAGUAUUCUGUGCCUGCCUGGUUCCUGCAACUCAGAACUGGCAGAUGUCUCCAGAAAGAUUUCUCUGGUCAGCUUCCUAACUGAGAAUUAUCCAAAAAUAUUUGGAGAAGGCAAUCCAGUUCAUCACGAGAGCCCAUCGGUUUGCUCUGAUGGGGAGAACACUUGCAAUGCCUUUGACACACAAACUGACAAAAUUGUGAUGGAAGAAAGUGAGCGUGAAGAAUACCCUGCCCCAGCGGCAGCACAUGCCCCACAGGCAAUGAUGUAGAGCCCAGAAGACCAACUGCUCCUCGUCACAAUGAGGAAUUAUAGAUUCUGUGGAACAUAUGAAAACAACCUUUAUAAAUCUAAUGAUUACAUUGAGCUCUGAUGCCAGCAAACACAAAGUGUGUUUAACCCCACCGGUUCCAACUGAGGAAUACCUCAUUCAGAGUUUCACACACCACCAGCACCAAUUGAGGAAAACCUCAUUGGAAGUACUGAUACCCUAUCUCCACCACCAAAUGAGGAACACCUGUAAUUGGAGGAUUCCUAUCCCACCUGCCUCUUUCCAAAUUCCUGGCAGCCACUUAGCAAAUUUACCUCACAGAGGCUUCUAUUAAUUAUAAAUGUUCGGCCGAUAGCUCAGGCUUGUUACUAACUAACCUUUAUAUUUGCAUUAACUCAUU